UUUCAAUCUGCUUUUUCCAGGAUCUGUGUCCAAAGCCAUCACUGACCCCCAGCCCAAGCAGCCAGCCACCCCCCCACCGCUACCAUGGCCGAAGACGCGGACAUGCGCAAUGAGCUGGAAGAGAUGCAGCGAAGGGCUGACCAGCUGGCUGAUGAGUCACUGGAAAGCACCCGUCGUAUGCUCCAACUGGUUGAAGAGAGUAAAGAUGCUGGUAUCAGGACUUUGGUUAUGUUGGAUGAACAAGGAGAACAACUCGAUCGUGUCGAAGAAGGCAUGAACCAUAUCAACCAAGACAUGAAGGAGGCCGAGAAAAAUUUAAAAGAUUUAGGGAAAUGCUGUGGCCUUUUCAUAUGUCCUUGUAACAAGCUUAAAUCAAGCGAUGCUUACAAAAAAGCCUGGGGCAAUAAUCAGGACGGCGUGGUGGCCAGCCAGCCUGCUCGUGUGGUGGACGAACGGGAGCAGAUGGCCAUCAGCGGUGGCUUCAUUCGGAGAGUAACAAACGAUGCCCGAGAAAAUGAAAUGGAUGAAAACCUGGAGCAGGUGAGCGGUAUCAUUGGAAACCUCCGCCACAUGGCCCUGGAUAUGGGCAAUGAGAUCGAUACACAGAAUCGCCAGAUCGACAGGAUCAUGGAGAAGGCUGAUUCCAACAAAACCAGAAUUGAUGAGGCCAACCAACGUGCAACAAAGAUGCUGGGGAGUGGUUAAAUGUGCCCACCUGUCUUCUCUUCCAAAUGCUGUUGGGCAAGAUAGCACCUUCACGCUUUUCUCAUCGUAUUUCCUAGUAGGUCUGCACACAUACACACAUCAGCCCACCCCCAUUGUGAAUGUUGUCUUGUGUCGUUCAUCAGCUUCCCCAAACUAUUAUGUCUCUUUUGUUCUGAGUCUCUUUCUUUCCAAAGGUUGUAUAUAGCAAUCAUUUGUUGGCUCUAACUCCCUACAUAAGAUGUCUUGGGUUUCAUUUUUCCUUUUCUCUCCUCAGUGGUGUUUGCUGAAUGACAACAAUUUAGGAAUGCUCAAUGUGCUGUUGAUUCUUUCAAUGCACAGUAUUGUUCUUGUAAAACUGUGACAUUCCACAGAGCUACUGCCCCUGUCCUUUCUUUGGGUGUCAGGCUCUGAAACUCUCAAAAUUUGCUGUCUUUGGUUCCUCAUAGCUGUCAUCUGUCUUUAUGAUUUCAUGAUUAGACAAUGUGGAAUUACAUUACAGGCAUUGCACUAAAAGUGAUGUGAUUUAUGCAUUUAUGCAUGAGAACUAAAUAGAUUUUUAGAUUCCUAUUAAACGAAAUCUUUCCAUGACAGUAGCAUACUGAUGAGAAAACACA